AAAAGCCCAAGUUCGAACCAAAUAAGCAAAUAGGUGAAUCAAUUUGGUCCGUUUGGUAGCCACCAUUAACGCACCCAAAUUCCGAACUCACAAAAACACACCUAAAGAAAGAAAGAGAGAGAAAAAAGUGAGAAGUCGGAGAAAUGGGAGUAAUGCAGAAACUCAGGAUGUUCGUCGCUGAAGAACCAGUCGUCGCUGCUUCUUGCAUUAUUGGUGGCAUUGGGCUUUUCCUUCCAGCUGUGGUGAGGCCUAUGUUGGAUUCUAGGAAAGCAGCCAACCAAGUACCUCCGCCCCCUUUGAAUGAUGUUGUUGCUGGUGUUGUUGGUAGAAAAGAAUGAAGCAGAUCAUGGAUGUGAGUCUUGAUUUUUCUUGAAGCUCUCUUGUCUUCUUUUAAUGUGAGAUACAUUCUCAUAGGAAAUAAGCCAUUUUUUGUAUGAGCUAGAUAUACUGUUUUUCAUGUUUCUCCAUUUUGAUUGUACUUAAAUAUGUUUACCUAAGCUUCGGAUCUGAAAUUCAUGGUGUGUGUGUUUUGCACUCCAUAUUUUCACUAUUUUGAUCCAUUACCUCACAAGAUUAAUGAAGAACUCCGUUACAUACUUA